AUGGUUUGCAAACUACCAGCGGGAUCUUCUUCUUCGUUCUACCUCCAGUUAUAUCAGAUUGUCGACGAUCGUUCAUCGGAUCAGAUCAUCUCGUGGAGCAAAACCAACAACAACAGUUUCGUUGUUUGGGACUUGAAGAGGCUUCGCAGGGACAUUCUUCUCAAAUCUUCCUCUGUAUUGUUGGGCAAAAACUUGCCAAAGUUUAUGGCAAAGCUUCGUUCUCAUGGGUUCAAAACAGUCUUCAAGGGCCCUGGAGAAUUGGAGUUCUCACAUGAUGAUUUUACAAGAGACCCUCUGAUGAAGAAGAUGAUGGCCAAAGCCUUAGCUGAGAAGAUUGAGAGGUUCGAUGCUCAAAUCAAAACCUUGAAGUGUAGACUCAAAGCCAAGAAAGCUUCCAUCAAAGUUGAGACUCUCUUCCAAAACCUGUGUAUCUGA